AUGGAAGAAAACCCUUCCUCUAGUGCAAGUAGAGUUACUCGUAGCAGGACAGGUACGGGUAAACACCAAGAGUCUCUUAACAAAGGAGCAAGACAUGACUCACUUAAGAAGGAUAAACCCUUAAAGUCUGACAAUCAAACAGCAGAAGAACAACAACAAUUUUUGACAGUAAAAUAUAAUAAAGGUAAAAGGAACUUAAGUUAUGAAAGUGACGAAGAAAGUAGUGGAAUUCAAGAAAAUAAAAAUGAGGGAAAUAUGAACGAAGAUAAUGGAGAAGACGACACUCAAUCAAUUCAUUCAAAUAAUAGUAAUAUUUCAGAACACCCAAUUUGGAGACAAAAUCUCGGACUUAAAAGAUAUAAAGUAAGAGCAUUGGUAAAAGAUUUUUUGGAAAAAAGUAUCGGACAAAAAUUAGCUUGGAUUACUAAAGAAUUAAAAGGAAAAAUAGAAUAUACUUUUAUUAAAGUAGAAUAUAGGAAAAAAACUAAAGGCAGUUAUAUUGCAAUUUAUUUUAAUAAAAAGGAGAAACUUAAAAAAGCUCUAGACCUUGAAUUUAUCAAUGGAGACAAAGAAAAAUUCAAAUUGAAAGAAAAGUCACUCAAUAUAUGUAUCAUUAACGCAAACAAUAUGCAGAGAUACACAAUAAUCUGGAAUUUACCUGUUAGUAUAAAAAAGAAUGAGCUUAAAACAGAAUUGGAACACAGAUAUGGUAAAGUGGAAUCGAUCAGCACUGUACUUGGAGAAAUGUGGCAAAAAGCAUAUGUUACAUUUGUAGAUCCAGAAGAUGCUAGAAAUUUUAUCAAAUCAUGGUCACAAAUUAUUGGUGAAGAUAUUGUUAGGGUAACGCCACCAGGUGUAACAACUUCACAAUUGAAAGAAAGAGGAGAAUAUGCUGUCAGGGCUCUGGGUAUUCCUCCAGGAAUGAACCCAGCAGAAUUAUAUAAUGAAUUCAAAAAAAUAGGUGCUAUGACUUGUUACGUUCCUAGAAAUGCUUUUUAUGCGAGAAAAAGGAUGGCUAUUUUAUCAUUUGAAUCAGAAGAAAUAAAAACAGGUGCUAUAGGUUAUAAAUGGGAAACAGAAGACUUCACUGUCGAAUUAAUGGAUAUGAAUGUAAAAGCAUGUCACAGAUGUUAUGAUAUUACACAUCUAGCAAAAGAUUGUCCAGUCACUCAAAAAACAAAUGAAAGAAACAUAGCCUUACAACAAAGAAUGGAUAAAUUUGGAAAAGUAUGGAAACGACACAACCCGUCGGCGUACAACAGAAUACAAAAAAGAUUGGAUCCUUCAUACGUGGGAGUACUAAAAACUAAUAUUAACAGGUCUCAUCAACAAGUCAGAUACAUCAACAAAGAAACAAAUACUCAACAAAUAGACUUAUUCACUACUCAAUUAACAAAUCUACAACAAACGAUGGAAAAUGCUAUAGAAUUAUUAAACAACUUAACUAAAAGAAUGGAACAAGCUUAUAAUAAUAAUAUUGGAUCUGGAGUUGGCAUUAUGAUAAAAUCAAAUAUAGCUAAACACGUAUAUAAAAUAGAUAAAUUCGAAGGACACGGUAUAUGUAUUCUUUUAUCAUUUAAAGGAAGGGUAGUUUUUCAAAUUAUCGGAAUCUAUGCAUCAAACAAAUAUUCGUCAAAUAAUAUCAUAUUAAGAAAACUAAAACCUUGGUUAUAUAAUCACAUCUCACAAGCUUUAUCAAACAAUUGGAUCUCAAUAAUCAUGGGAGACUGGAAUGCCACCUCUGACCCAAGCAAAGAUAGAUUCCCUGUAAAAACUAAAACAUCGCCAGAAAGCAACUUACUCCAAUCAAUUAUUUGGAGUGAAUAUACGGACACAUAUAGACAUCAUAAUGGGGAUAAACAGGAAUAUACUUUUUAUCAAAGUUUUAAGGAAAAAAUCAGAAGUAAAAGUCGUAUUGACUUAAUUUGGAUACAUCAAUCACAUGAGGAACUUAUCAUGGAUGCGGAUAUAGACGAUAUGACUUUGAUAGCAAAUAGCGAUCAUUUUUGUGCACACGUGACAUUAGACGUGAGUAAAUAUUGUGAUGGUACUAGUUAUAAGAAGUAUAAAAGGGUAAACUACAGAACUCCUCGACUUUGGAAUUUGAAAAUGACGGAUAAAGAAAACUGGGAGAAAUUCACACAGGAGACAGAAGAUGCUUGGGAAAAACAAUUGCAGUUGAGAACAAACUUAAAAUUAGUUGAAGAUAUAUGGCAAAAAAUCAAAUCCACAAUAAUAAAUGUAGGAAACAAAAAUUUACCAAAAGCUAAGGAACCAAGAAAUCGCAGUAAAAUAGAAAGUACAAAUAAUAUGAAUGCGCAAAAAUUAGUAACCAUAGAAACAAUGAAAAAUAAAUUAACAAACAAAUACGAAUUAAAUAUUCAAUCUUUCCCCUCAGCAGGAUUACCAAAGGAAAAAUUGGAAUGGGUCAAUAAUAUAAAGAAAUUAUGGAUAACCAUAAGAAAACUAAUUAAACGAGAAUUAAUAAGGGAAAAGAAAAAAGAAAUCAAACAUAAGAUUGAAUUACGUCAAGAAUUUCUAAGCACUAAACCAAAACACAUGAUUGACAAA